CGGAAGCGGCGCGGCGGCAGUGGAGGCGCCGCGGCGGGCUCUGGCGGCAGGCGGUCCUUAAAAAUGGGGAACACAAGCAGCGAGCGAGCUGGGCUGGAGCGUCAUGGCCAUAAGACAUCUCGAGGGGACAGCUCAGGAGGAGCCAUCAGUACAAAAGAGGGUGACAGACCAAAGAUCUUAAUGGACAGCCCUGAAGAUGCAGACUUGUUCCAUUCAGAGGAAAUGAAGGCUCCAUUGGAGAAAGAAGAAUUUCUGGCUUGGCAGCAAGAUCUGGAAGUGAAUGAUAAAACCCCCACUCAAGCUCGACCAACAGUGUUUCGCUGGACUGGAGGGGGAAAAGAAGUCUACUUAUCUGGAUCCUUCAACAACUGGAGUAAAAUUCCUCUGACAAGGAGUCACAAUAACUUCGUGGCCAUCCUGGACCUGCCAGAAGGAGAGCACCAGUACAAGUUCUUUGUGGACGGGCAGUGGACACAUGAUCCUUCUGAGCCAGUAGUAACCAGCCAGCUGGGGACUGUCAACAACAUCAUACAGGUGAAGAAAACAGACUUCGAAGUGUUCGACGCUUUGAUGGUGGACUCCCAGAAGUGUUCAGAUGUGUCUGAGCUGUCAAGUUCACCUCCAGGACCCUACCACCAGGAGCCCUAUGUGUGUAAGUCAGAGGAGCGCUUUAAGUCACCACCUAUUCUUCCUCCCCACCUGCUGCAGGUCAUCCUGAACAAGGACACAGGCAUUUCUUGCGAUCCUGCUCUGCUCCCUGAACCCAACCACGUCAUGCUGAACCACCUCUACGCACUUUCUAUCAAGGAUGGAGUGAUGGUGCUUAGUGCUACACAUCGCUACAAGAAGAAGUAUGUGACUACUUUGCUCUACAAGCCAAUAUGAGCAUCAGAGUAGCUUGGGACCAAUCGUUCUGGGCCAGUGCAGUCUCAGAAAGACAUCCUUCUCUUAACCAAAUGUACUUCUGCUCUGUGCUGUAGCAAAGGAACUCUGAUUUCACAUUGUUUCUGAGACUUCCUGGUUCUCCUAGAUUUGCCUUAUUUUUCCAGUCCCACCGUGGAAGUACUUGGAGAUGGCAGCUUUGUGGCAACUAUGCAGGCGGCAAAGGCUUCAGUGCCACCUGUCAGCUCAGGCAGAAAGCCAGCAGUUUAAUUAGGCUGAAAAGUGUGGGGGCGGCAACAGAGUAAAGACCUGCAGCUGCAGGUGAUCAGCAAGGCAGCCCAGAGCCUAGGAAGUUCAGGAUUCUUGUGGAAUCUUGAGCUCAAUGCUCAGCAAAAGCCAACCUGCCACUGCUUUCCUAACUCAUCAAGCACAAUUAUUUCAGUAGCAAGCUCCAAACCCGAGGCACUGAAAUAAGUGUGACCAUUGAUGAACCUUUUGUAGCAGCCUUUGCGAGGUGAACUCUGCGACACACUCGCCCACAAGCUCGUUUGUAUGUUACAGUGGCCUGAGGGCACUGUUUCUGCUGUGAACAGCUCUGUAGUUUUUCUCUUCAUGAGAACUGAAACACAACUUUUUCCUCUGUGGAAUUUCUGGUAAAGACAAUUGUUCUAGUGGCUGGGGGUCUGUAAGUCACAGGUGUGUGCAGCACUAAUCUGCUUUUUGAAACCAGCAUCUCCUCUUGUCACCAAUGAGCUCUUCCUUAAGCUGGGCUCAGUAGCUGUAAGGAAACCAAAGUGCCCAGUUUAGGGAUUAGUUUUUCAGUGACCAGCCUGCAGGUGACCAAGUCACUUGUGUCCCCGUGGCCAACUUGCCCCUUUGCAUGAGCAGCAGCAGCCUGCUGGGCACAGCAGUGCUGCACUCCAGGGCAGCCAGGGCUGUGGGCAUCUGCCACUCUGUGGUCUGUUUGUAUUUGCUAAGAGAUAGUUGUUGCUGCUCACAGCCUGUUUCAUCCCAAACCAAAUGCAACGUUAAUGCAAAAGCACUGCCAGUGUGGCUCGGGCCUGCCCUGGCAGAACCAGCUCGGGAGGUGACACACAGAGUCCUUCCCUCUUUUGUUUUUUUGGUGCCUGAGAGUGCCAGUGACUGUGCCAAUGACAACCAGCACCCUCUGACUGGGGGGAAGAGCAGCAGGUUGGACAAACCAGUGAGGAGCCUGAGCAGGGAAGAGAACUGCGUCAGGCAGCGGUCAGUGGGAGCAGCCCCAGUGGCAGGGUGGUUUGCCAUCCUCAGAUCUGUUCACCAGCCCUGUUGCAAUACCUGAGUAGCUGUGUAGAGCUGGGUCUAGUGCAAUGGUUUUCUCUGAAAACUCUUCCUUCUGUGCUAGGGCUAGGAUUUGGUAUUCUGAGCUCAGACUCGCUUUUGUUUGCAGCCUCUUUAGAAACAAAUAAAAGGUUUUCAAGAAAA